AUCGGUUUCUUGCGUUUUUUCCUUUUAAUUCAUUAUAAUAUACACUAAUUAUAUUUAUCAUUAUUACCUCCUUCUUCGAUCAUACUGCCGAAGAUGAGGAAAAUUUAUCUUACAACCAAAAGUCGAGAAUAAGGAAAUUCCAGCUAGUAAAAGUGAUAUUGUACAUUGAAUCGUUUUGCCGUUAUUUGAAGCCGAAACUGCAUUUCGUUACCUGAUUUCGUGAGUCCUCAUAUGUCUACACCACACUGCACGUAUCAUUUGAGUUAAUUUCUGAUGCAAGUAUGUGUAUCAGUAAGGGAUAACACAAAUUUAAUCCUUUAAUUAUGUUCGACUGUUCAAAUGAUGAGACAAUAUCAAUUCAGGCUAAUUCCGUGGAUAUAGCUAAAUAUUUACAAAAUCAUGGAAUUCCUGAUCAGGUGGUUGAUAUUUUCACAAAAAACACUAUCGAUGGAUUAUCAUUGUGCCUUUUAACUGAGAAAGACUUACAAGAAAUGAAUAUCAGUCAGAUUGGUAUACGAAAACGAAUCUUAUUUCUUUGCUCAUUAUGGCGUCACCAAGUUGAAAAACAACGUUACGGAGGAUAUGCCUUGCCAAGAAUAUUUAGUCAAAAUUCUUUAGUUGACUUUCUAAGUUUUAAUGACAACAGAUUGUCAAGUGAAUUACAACCAUGUAGAUCAAGUGCCAAUCAUAAUAAUAAUAAUAACAAUACAGACUGUGCAGUGGAAAGUUCAUUACUAAAUGAUUCUGAAUAUGGAAUAGAUGAAGAUAAUUCGAAUUCCUGGAAAUUACUUAUUAGCUUUUUGUAUUUCAUUUUCUCAACAUGUGUCACAGCAUUUGUUAUAGUUCUAGCACAUGAACGUUUACCUGUUACAUCUAAAUAUCCUCCACUUCCUGAUUUAUUCCUGGAUAAUUUACCUCAUAUUGGCUGGGGAUUCAUUGCUGCAGAACUGGUUGGUAUUGUACUAUUUGUGAUAUGGUCAACCAUCCUUAUCUUACACAAAUAUCGAUGGAUAUUAAUCCGUCGAUUCUUUGUACUUAUGGGAACAAUAUUCUUACUUAGGUCAGUCACUAUGAUAAUAACUUCACUGAGUGUUCCUGGAUCUCAUUUAACAGACCAAUGCAGUCCUUAUAUUGUUAAAAAUUAUACACAACGCUUUAAGCGUGUAUUAGAAAUAUGGAAAGGUCUUGGAUUAUAUAUCACUGGAAUACAAACAUGUGGAGAUUAUCUUUUUAGUGGGCAUACAACCUGUCUAACUCUUCUCAACUUCUUCAUCACGGAAUACACACCUAGAAAAUUUCAUCUUCUGCAUACUUUCUCUUGGGUAUUAAAUCUUUUCGGUGUAUUUUUUAUUCUUGCCUGUCAUGAACACUAUUCUAUUGAUGUUUUCAUUGCUAUAUAUUUAUCAUCAAGAUUAUUUUUAUAUUAUCAUUGUCUUGCUAACAGUAAUAUUCUUCAUCAACCAGGUAAUGAACGUACUAAAAUAUGGUUUCCAUUAUUUUCAUUUUUUGAAAACAAUGUUACAACAGUUGUACCAAAUGUCUAUGAAAUUCCAUUUAGAAAUAAUAAUAAUUACUUCAGCAAAUGUAAUCAUAGUAAUACUACUAACAGUAUUCAUACUACUACUAAUAAUAAUAAUAUUAAUCAUAUGAGCACCGACAGCAGUGUUAAUAUUGAUAACUAUAAUAAUUUUAACAGAAAGCAAAUAAUGAAUGAUAGCAGAAAGUCAAAUCACACGCUACUUCGUAAUCAUCAUAGUGAAUAUCCACUACAUAAUCAUAUAUCCCAGACAUCAGUUAACGCCUAUACAUCAAAAUAUGACGACAGUCUCAAUAAAAAGGACUAUUAAUAAUGUUGAGUUAUUCAUUCUUUAGCUAUAUAUAUUAUUGAAAAUAAAGAAGAAAAAUAGCUAUUCAGUAGUGUUCUGUUUCAAUACGACAAGUUGAUUCGCUAUUGUAAGUGCAUUACAAUUAAAAUACCUUGAUAGAGCAUUUCUAUUCGUGUUAUGUAACAAAUUUAUUUAUAAACAUAUUCGAUAAACUGUUGAUAAUGUCAACUAUGUCUUAUGAAUUUGAAUUUUCAAGCAUUGUUAAUAUCCUUCGUAAUGUGUUUGUUCUGAAUAGAAAAAGAAAGAGGGUUGAGUUGUCUUACUUUAAUAGUUGGAAAGGAAAUUGACGAUCCUAUUAAAAUAAAAAUUUGGAUAAAAAAAACUCUUUUUGUCUUUCAUCAGAUUGAUCAUGUUUUUAAUUUCAUUUAUUUUCUUUGAAAUUAUAAAAAAUUAUUACCUAUUAUGUGAUUUCCUGAGAAUAGAUGCUUAUCACGAAAUUAAGAAUAGUAAAUAAGAGAAAAAAGCUUACAAUGAAUUUUACUCAUAACGACAUGUUUAUCCUGCA